AUCUAAUCCAACCAAAGAAUAAUGGCGAAUUCCCAAAGAUCUCUGAUCGAUCCAAGAAACGGUUUCUGCAAUGCAAACUCCACAUUUUACAGUAAACGCAAACCAUUGGCACUUCCAUCAAACGACUCGCUCGAUGUCACAACAUUCAUCUCCUCCCAAACGCACCGUGGCAAAACCGCCUUCAUAGACGCUGCCACGGACCACCGCAUAAGCUUCUCUGAUUUAUGGAGAGCCGUCGAUCGUGUGGCUAACUGUCUCCACCAAGACGUGGGAAUACAGAGAGGUGACGUUGUUCUUGUCCUCUCUCCCAACUCCAUCUCCAUCCCCAUUGUCUGCCUCUCCGUUAUGUCUCUUGGCGCCGUUGUCACCACUGCGAAUCCUCUCAACACCGCCAGUGAAAUCUCUAGACAAAUCGCCGAUAGUAAUCCAAAGCUCGCUUUCACAACACUGGAACUGGCUUCCAAACUAGCCGGUUCUCGUAUCUCCAUCCUCCUUGAGCGCGUAGAAGACACUUUACGCGCUCCAGGAGGACUCAAAGUGGUUGGGAUUCUAAGUGAGAUGAUGAAGAAAGAACCUAGUGGACAAGAAGUCAUCAGACACCGAGUAAGCAAAGACGACACAGCGAUGUUGCUUUACUCGUCCGGGACAACCGGGCGAAGCAAAGGAGUGAAUUCGUCCCACGGGAACUUAAUAGCACAUGUCGCAAGAUACAUCGUGGAGCCAUUCGAGCAGCCACAACAGACCUUCAUUUGCACUGUUCCAUUGUUCCACACCUUUGGUUUACUAAACUCCGUUUUAGCCACCUUAGCGUUAGGUUCGACCGUUGUCAUCCUCCCGAGGUUUGACCUCGGGGAGAUGAUGGCAGCGGCCGAGAAAUACAGAGCCACGACUCUGAUUCUCGUGCCGCCAGUUUUAGUAACUAUGAUAAACAGAGCGGAUGAGAUAAUGGCGAAGUACGACGUGAGCUUCUUGAGAACAGUGCGGUGCGGUGGAGCACCCUUAAGCAAGGAAGUUACCGAAGGGUUUAUGAAGAAAUAUCCAACGGUUGAUGUUUAUCAAGGAUACGCAUUGACGGAAUCUAACGGUGCAGGAGCUUCGAUAGACUCAGUGGAGGAGAGUCGGAGAUACGGUGCGGUGGGGUUGUUGUCAUGUGGUGUAGAAGCGAGGAUUGUGGACCCAAAUACUGGUCGGGUCAUGGGUUUGAACCAAACGGGCGAGCUUUGGCUUAAAGGGCCUUCUAUUGCCAAAGGUUACUUUAGGAAAGAAGAAGAAAUUAUAACUUCAGAAGGAUGGCUUAAAACAGGAGAUCUUUGCUAUAUAGACGAUGAUGGAUUUCUUUUUAUCGUUGAUCGAUUGAAAGAGCUAAUCAAAUACAAAGGUUACCAGGUACCGCCAGCUGAACUAGAGGCUCUCUUACUAAACCAUCCAGAUAUCCUCGAUGCAGCUGUUAUUCCGUUUCCAGAUAAAGAAGCAGGACAAUAUCCAAUGGCUUAUGUGGCACGAAAGUCUGGUAGCAAUCUUUGUGAGAAGAAAGUUAUUGAGUUUAUUUCUAAACAGGUGGCGCCAUAUAAGAAAAUAAGAAAGGUUGCAUUUAUAGACUCUAUACCAAAGACUCCAUCGGGCAAAACACUUCGCAAGGAUCUAAUCAAAUUUGCCAUUUCUAAACUUUAAAAGAAACGCUAGACGCUAGUUUGUCAUUUGUAUUUGUAUGAUUUUUUAUUUCUGACAUAAUAAAAGAGAAUUUAUAUC